AAAAUAUAUCGAAACUCGAACGUUCAGUUAUGUCGUUUUCCCGCGCAAAGUAGUUGCCUAGGCACGCUAAGCGUUUGUUAAACUGAGUUUUGUACUUGUUAAGUACUUGUUAAUGUUAAUAGUGUUUCUAUAAAUUGUAAGUUUUAAAUAAAGUUAAAAUGGACGGAAUUGAUAGAGAUCAAAGACUCGAAGAGAUACAGAGGGAAUAUUUAGAUUUUUUAGAUGACAUGGAGGAUCAAGGUAUCUAUACUACUCUUGUUAAAAAUAUGAUCGAAGAGGGCAAGCGCAGAUUGUAUGUAAAUAUUAACGAUUUGAGAAGAAAGAAUCCCAGUCGUGCAGCAAGUCUACUUAACAAUUGCUUUGAAGAACACCAGGCUUUUCAAAAUGCAUUGAAGCAAUUUGUUGGAAGCGUUGAUACUGAGUAUGCGAAAGGAAAUAUAGAUUUUUUUGUAGCUUUCGAAGGAAGUUUUGGAAAUAAGCAUGUGACACCAAGGACACUUACAUCCCGUUUCUUGAGUAACUUGGUAUGCGUGGAAGGUAUUGUUACAAAAUGUUCUUUAGUACGACCUAAGGUUGUUAGAAGUGUCCACUACUGUAGUGUAACAAAAACAGUGAUGGAAAGAGCUUACACUGAUUUAACUUCGUUUGAAGCAUUUCCACAAUCUGCUGUAUAUCCAACUCAAGAUGAAGAUGGUAAUCCUUUGGAAACAGAAUUUGGCCUUUCUACGUAUAAAGAUCACCAAACUCUUACCAUACAAGAAAUGCCUGAAAAGGCACCAACUGGUCAGUUACCAAGAAGUAUUGAUGUAAUAUGUGAUAAUGAUUUAGUAGACCAAUGCAAACCAGGAGAUAGAGUUCAAAUUGUUGGAAGCUUUAGAUGUCUACCUGGCAAACAAGGAGGAUAUACAACAGGCACAUUUAGAACAAUAUUAAUUGCUAACAAUAUCAUGCAAUUGAGCAAAGAAGCUAAUUUAACUAUUUCUCAUGAUGAUGUGGCUAUGUGUAAAAAGCUAGCCAAGACUAAUCCAUGUAGAAAUAUUUUCGAGUUACUUAGCAAGUCAUUGGCACCUUCUAUAUACGGACAUGAUUAUGUAAAGAAGGCAAUAUUAUGUUUGCUACUUGGCGGCGUUGAAAAACUAUUACCUAAUGGUACAAGAUUAAGAGGAGAUGUUAAUGUUAUGCUUAUUGGUGAUCCAUCGGUUGCAAAAUCACAACUUCUUCGUUAUGUCUUAUGCACUGCCCCAAGGGCAAUACCCACUACUGGCAGAGGAUCAUCUGGUGUAGGUUUAACAGCUGCUGUAACUAUAGACACUGAAACAGGAGAACGUAGACUAGAAGCUGGUGCUAUGGUGCUAGCAGAUCGAGGAAUUAUUUGCAUAGACGAAUUUGAUAAAAUGUCUGACAUCGACAGAACAGCCAUACACGAAGUAAUGGAACAGGGAAAAGUAACAAUCGCCAAAGCUGGAAUACAUGCUAGUUUAAAUGCGAGGUGUUCAGUACUUGCAGCUGCAAAUCCUGUUUACGGAAGAUAUGAUCAGUAUAAAACGCCUAUGGAAAAUAUUGGACUUCAAGAUUCAUUGCUUUCACGUUUUGACUUGUUAUUCGUUAUGUUAGACACGGUAGAUUCUGAACAAGAUCAAAUCAUUAGUGACCAUGUUGUCAGAAUGCACAGAUACAGAAGUCCGAUGGAACAAGAUGGCGAAGCGUUACCAUUAGGUAGUAAAAUAGAUAUACUGACUACAAAAAAUCCCGAUGAAAUUGUUGCUGAAAAUGAAGAGAUUCAGGUUUAUCAAAAGUAUGAUCCUCUAUUGCAUGGUAAUCUACGUUCUAAAAGGGACCAAAUUCUUUCUAUAAACUUUAUGAGGAAAUACAUUCACAUAGCUCGCUGUAUGAAACCCAAACUUACAGAAGAAGCUAGCGAAGCAAUAGCUUCCGAGUAUUCAAAAUUGAGAUCUGAGGAGUCCGUAGAGUCUGAUGUGGCAAGGACUCAGCCUGUAACAGCUCGUACUUUAGAAACAUUGAUUCGAUUGUCUACAGCACAUGCAAAGGCUCGUUUGUCCAAGAAUGUUACUGCUGAAGAUGCACACGCUGCAAUAGAAUUGAUAGAGUUCGCCUACUUUAAACGAGUUUUAGAGAAAGAAAAGAAGAAAAGAAGGCGACAUGAUAGCGAAGGAAGUACACACGAAGACGAACCUAGUAGUCAAAAGAAUAGAAAGCGAGUUAAAAAAACAAAUAAAAAUGGGGAAGAAGAUCCUUACAAUUUCGAUAGUGAAGAUGAUGAUCACAUUGAUGAAGCUGUAACCAGGGUUACUAGAUCACAAAGUAGUUUGUCUCCUACUAAACGAUCUGAAGAAUUGUUAAAAACAAUAUCUGAAGAAACGGCAUCUGAGAAAACGGCAGAGCUAGAAACCUCUGUAGAAAUUACUGAAGAAAGAUUAAAAGUGUUUAGAACACUUCUUCACAAGUUGUUCCAACAACAAAGGGCGCAAUCACUUCCAUUGUCCAGAGUACAGGAAUACGUUAAUAGUGAACAGCCCCAAGUAUUUACAUCUGGUGAAAUUACUGCAGCAAUUAACAAGAUGUCUGACGCUAAUCAGAUAAUGGCUGCGGACGAUAAUAUCUUUCUUAUGUAAAUUACGUUUAUGUAAGUCAUUAAUUUUAUAUUUUUAAAAUCACUUUUAAAUUUAAAUUAUGUAACUUUGUUAUAAAAUUUUUAUAAAACAGAUUUCACAGAGUACUUUACAUUCCAAUAAUUUUUACUUUCGUAUUCUCUCUAUUUCACGUCUACUUAUUCUUACAUAUAAUUCGACCAGUUUUUGGUGUGUUUGAUUUUUCUUCUCCUCAAAUUAAAAAGCAAGUUAGAAAUUAUAUUUAUCAACAUUUAUUAUCAUUCCAUUGUUACAGUACAACACAUUGGCACAUAAACUAGCAACAGUGAUCAACAUUCAUUACAAUACUGUAAACAAUAUUAUUUUAUGCCUCUAAUUCUUCUUAUUUGUUGUGUGUAUAUAUAUAUAAUCGAUUCAUAUCACGUAGAUAUAAAUGGAUGUGCUGUCUGAUUUGAAUAUACAUAUCUAAUAUUUAGGCAUUUUUUUCUUUUACACGUAAUUUGUUCUAUCCAUACUUCCGUUUUUGUUAAAAAAAUUCUUAAUUGUCUAGUGUCGUCAAUAUGAACUACUUAUCAACUAAGUUUCUUUUUGUGAUUAAUAUGAACAUAUUAAAAACUGGUUAGUGUUCAAUCUUAUACAAUGAAAUUGUAACAUAUUUCGAACUUUGUUCAUUUAUAUGUUCAAUGGUACUCAUUUUGAACAGUAUGCUGGUAAUAUUAUAAAUCGAUUCUUUUUCUUUCUUUUUUAUAUAAAUAAUUUACACGAUUAAAUUAUUAUCAUUGGGAGUAUCAAAUCGUUCAAAUUUUUACUAUACAUGUGUACAUAUAUACUUUAAACAAAAAAUUACUAUACAUUUACAAACAGAUAUAGAAGUUUCACAAUUGCCAAUGUUAUUACUACUUGCUUAUCAUUAUAAUACAGGCCUUCAGGACGUAAUGUUUCUGUUGUAAAUAGAUUCACAUUACACUUAAUUGAUUUUGUUCGUACAUUAUUUAUCCGAUUGAAGCAAUGAAACAUGUAUGAAGAUUUAACGAUCAAUGUCGAUAUUAAUAAUCAUUAAGCUUGAUAAUAAAACCUUUGUAACAGAUUAAUGUCAAAUAUGACACAGAAAUAGGUGAGAAAGAAAGUUAUUUAUGAUUCAAUCUGAUAUAUUAAACUUUCAACUAAAGUUUUUUCAAUAGAAAAGAAAUUAUCAUUCAUGUUCCUUGUACUCAUAGUUGUGCUCAACAACAUCAAUUUGAUUUAUUUUAAUUAGCACUUCCGUGGUUCGAUACUCUUCCAUUGUACAAAACUUACUGUGUAUCUAAUUCUUCGAUUCUAUACAAAUUUCAUACUUCAACACCAAUCACUGACAGAAAAAAUAUAUAUGUGUAACGGAAUUAUCAAAUUAUCUUCAAUACGUGUAAAAACACCUAUAAUCUACAAAAUAUUAAUCUAUGUGGAACCUGAGUAUUUGCUGAGUAGAAUAUUGAUAUACGAGGGAAAGAACUUAUUAACUUAAACAUUUAAGAGGAUAACAGCAUUAAGUAUUGGAAAAAAUAUUCUAAAAAUCAGGAUUAUGUGAUACAGUUCCCCUAUUCCAUAAGCAAAUUAUUUAUAUGUUUCGUUUGUAAAAAUAACAUAAUAAAAAAAUUAAGCAUUUUAUACAAUAUUCCUUGUACGCCUUAAUAUAGAAAGCUCCUGUUACAAGAUUGUUAUGCUCCAUUUCUAGAAAAUUAUACAUUCAAAAAAAUAGUUAUCUUUUAUCAUAUUUAAUAGCAUUUCAGGAAUCAUGCUUUCUUUUCUCUGCGUCAAGACUGAAGGUGUUUAUUAAAAAAUUUUGUUUAACACAAAUAGAUUCAGGCACAUGUUUUUUACCUUCUCUUUUAACUGUCUAAUUGUUUAAUUUUGGAAAACUUUAUUCCCCAAUUUCAACCAUUCGUAUGUAAAUAAAAGAAAAACACACACCAAAAGACGUUCAAAUAGGAUUUAACUUGCACCGUUUAAAUUCAAAUUGGGUUUCUGUUUCAAUUGUCGAACGUGUGUGUUCCAUUUUCAUAUGCAUGAUUUUUUCGUAAAAUGUUUAAACUUCGUCUUCACUGGACUCACUGCUAUAUGCCAGUUGUUCUUUCCACCAUUCACGAACUUCUAUCAUAACGCUGGAAGGUUUUGGCACUGUUGCUUUUGCAUUCAAAACCUCUCGUUGUGGUCUGCUUUGUUCUGUACUCUCUGUGAGAUGGGGCAAAUUAUUUUUUGCCAUUGCUUUAAAUACAACACACAAGUUAAAGGAGAAGCCAACAACUGAGGUAUGUAAUUAUAACUUAAUUCAAUAUGUAAGAAUAACUUACGUGGUGGUCUGUUAUUUCUUUUCUUAGGUGGUGCAUUCUUAUCCUUUUCAGACCUAAUCGAAGCAGAAUCUGAGGAUGUUGGAGUUAAAUACUUCUUCCUUGAUCCACUGCCUAUACUAUCUGACCUUGGAAGAACUACUGGUUUCUUUGGUCUAUGUUUGGAUCCUUCUACAUCCUAUUAUAAAAUACAUUAAUGAAAUUUUAUAAAAAGAAAAGUAAUGGCGUACCCGUUUCAUUGGUAUGACACCCUUUUGAUGAUUAUCGACCACAUUCCAAGUGUUUUGAAAAUUCCUGAUGUCAGCAUAUGAAAGUAAAGCAUCUUCUUCAUUCGAAUAAAAUAACGAAAAGUUCUCCAUAAUAAUAGCUGUUACGAAAGAAUUAGUUUACCUAUCAGGAAAUUACCGGGAAAGAAUCUAUGAGUAGCACUGCUGGCUAAAAGAUCAGUUGAUACUUACCCACCAGAAGAUUCAAGACAAUUUCCAAAGACGAUCGUGCCCGCUAAGGCAUAGAAGAAAACGAGGAGAAACAUGCCAAAUAUGAUGAAGAAACUUUUACAAACGGAUACUCCGACCGUCAACAUUAACAUUUUGAGGGUCGUAUGUUUGCCAGUGAUGGUGAAGAAUCUAAGUAUCACGACCAUAAAGCCAAUCACAUACGACAGAUCGUUCUGCAAGAAAUCACUUCUGAUCAUUCACAGUCGAUAUAUAUAUAUAUAUAAAUAAUAAUAAUAAAUAAUAUAAAUAAUAAAUAAUAUAUAUAUAUAUAUAUAUAUAAUUAACAACAC